AGAGGAGACAGCGCUCCAGUCCUCCAGCGAGUGUCUCGAGUCACUGCUCCGGUGUCAACAUGGGUCGUCAGGAGGCCGACGGGGUCUGGAUGAAGCACACGGAGAACAUCCAGGAGAUCUUUGACUUCAUGGAGGAGCUUGGAUCCGGGGCCUUCUCCGAGGUCUUCAUGGUGAAGGAGAAGAAGACGGGCAAGAUGUUCGCCAUGAAGUGUGUGAAGAAGAAACAGAAGAAAGACUUGAACCUGGAGAACGAGAUCUCCGUCCUCCGGAGGAUCAAGCACGAGAACGUGGUCGGCAUGGAGGACUUCUACGACAGCCGGACCCACUACUAUCUCGUCAUGCAGCUCGUGUCGGGCGGCGAGCUGUUCGACCGGAUCCUGGAUCGAGGUGUUUACUCUGAGAAGGAUGCCAGCAGUGUGAUCCGGCAGGUCCUGCACGCCGUCGCCUACCUGCACCAGAAUGGCAUCGUACACCGAGACCUGAAGCCGGAGAACAUCCUCUACUACAGCCCGGACCAGGACUCCAAGAUCAUGAUCAGCGACUUCGGCUUGUCAAAGAUGGUGGACAGCGGCGUGAUGUCGACGGCGUGUGGGACGCCAGGCUACGUUGCGCCCGAGGUUCUGGCGCAGAAGCCGUACAGCAAGGCCGUGGACUGCUGGUCCAUUGGAGUCAUCACCUACAUCCUGCUCUGUGGAUACCCUCCGUUUUACGAGGAGAGUGAGACCCGACUCUUCUCCAAGAUCAUGAAGGCUCAUUACGAGUUUGACUCGCCGUUCUGGGACGACAUCUCUGAGUCAGCCAAAGACUUCAUCAGGAACAUGAUGCACAAGAGUCCAGACAUGAGGUUCUCCACGGAGCAGGCGCUGCGCCACCCCUGGAUCAUCGGGAAGACGGCGCGGAGCCAGGACAUCUACUACUCUGUCAGCGUCCAGAUCCAGAAGAACUUCGCCAAGUCCAAGUGGAAGCAAGCCUUCAACGCCACGGUGGCCAUCAACCACAUGAAGAAGCUGCAGCUGGCCCACUCCGAGGUCCUGAAGACCAGCAUCCCCGACAUCAAGGUGGUGGACGUUUCCUCCCCGGACAAAAGCCGGCGCGCCCUCAACCCCGACAGGCCCGAGGUGGUGACCCAGAAUCACAUGACUCUGCCUGCCAGCCACGUGGACCUGAAGAGCCACUCCCACCCUCUGAAGGCCCACAGUCAGGGCGUGGCCCACCCCGCGCCCAGCAUCGCGGCGCAGGGCAAGCACGUGUAUCACUCGGAGCCCGCCAACCUCAACGGGGUCGCCAGGAACAAGUACGGCAAGACCCUGCAGACGGGAGUUUGUUCUGUCAUGUGAGUCGCCGAACAAGCGUGUCCGGUGCUUGUCGCCCCACUGCCUCCGCCUGCACAUGUUCAAGGUCUGAAGAUGAGAAGCGGCUGAUCCUCUGAUGGACUGGAACUUUCUCCUGGAGAAAAAGUGCCUGUGGAGAUUAGGAUUCCCACCCAGACAACAUGGAGCUGCAGAGGGAGGAGUUGUCUUCAGCAUGAGAGGAUCGCGCUCACACCCGUGUCCCUGAACCUCAGCACACCUCACCGACUGCAGAAAAGUUGUGUUCUAGCUUCAGUGUUUCCAUGCCCUCUUGUCUGGUGCAGGAUUAGCUUUGCUCCCUCAUGCCAACCUUCUUUUCACCUGUAAAUAUGUCCCUUCAUUUUUUUUAUGUCCACCCAAACUCUGCACGAUCUUUCUCUUUAUAUUUUUUAUUGAGAUGCCCAUCGAAGAUGAGCGAGACGACAGGAUGUUGAUUGUCAACACUUCAGUGUUUGAAGGCCCAUUGGUGCCAGGCCGACCGGCAGGUUUGCCAGUUCAACAACCCAAAACACUGUUCUGAUUCCUAUUUGACCUGUUGUUUUGUUGCUUUUUCAACUGUCAACAUGGCUGCCGUUCGUGACUCUGCACUCUGACAAAAGAAUGUACUCUUUAGAUCUGCACUUGUCUUCUGUACUUUUGAAAUAAACCCUGUCACCCGAA